AUGCCAACGCCCAAGGACUUCGUGUGCCCGAUCACCAGCCAGGUGUUCGACGACCCGGUGACGCUCGAGACCGGGCAGACCUACGAGCGGCGAGCCAUCCAGGAGUGGCUGGACCGGGGCAACGCCACCUGCCCCAUCACCCGCCAGCGCCUCCACGGCGCGCAGCUGCCCAAGACCAACUACGUCCUCAAGCGCCUCAUCGGCGCCUGGCGCGACCAGCAGCAGCCGCAGCGGCGGCCGUCCCCUUCCCCUUCCCGUUCCCCGCCGCCGUCCACGCCUCCUCCGGCGACAACCGGCAUGGAGGGCGACAGCCCAGCGCCGCCGCCGUUCAUUGUCCCCAUCAAGGCUGCCGCCACCUCGUCGCCGUCCCCGGAAGCCAACACCAGCGCCAGCGCGCCGUCGCCCACCAGCAUCAUCGCGCAGGCCUCUCUCUCGAGCGCCGUGGCCGAGCUCCGCGCCGCCGUGUCCUGCCUCUGCACGUCCGAGGACCUGGCGCAGUCCGAGCGGUCGGUGCUCAAGAUCGAGCGCCUCUGGCGGGACGCAACCGCCGGCGGUAGCUCCGAUGCCAAGCCGGCCAUUCUCGCUGCGCUCGCCAGGCCCGCCAUCGUGAACGGCUUAGUGGAGAUCCUCUUCAACUCCGUCAGCGCGCAGGUGCUCCGGGUCGCCGUGUUCCUCCUCGCCGAGCUCGCCUCCCGGGACGACGCCGUCGUGCAGACGCUCACCAGGGUCGACUCCGACGUCGACUGCCUCGCCGCGCUCUUCAAGAAAGGACUGGCGGAGGCCGCCCUCGUCGAGAUGGACCUGGCGGAGGCGCUCGUCACCACCAUCCGCCGCGGAGAAGACGAGGACCCGCUCAAGAUGUGCGUGAGCCCCAAGGCCGCGUCGGUCAUCCUCCUUGGCCAGAUCCUCGUCGAGGCCGCCGGCGCGGCGGACAGCUCCACGUCUCCGGUGCCAAGGUCCGCGCUGCUGUCCGAGAGGUUCAUUCGGAGCCUCGCCGCCAGCCUAGAGGCCGAGCCGGUGGAGGAGAGGCUGGCCGCCAUGCGGAUCCUUCUCAGGUGCAUCUGGGAGGACGGACACUGCCGGAGCAGCAUCGCUGAGAAGGCGUCCCUCGGCGCCGUCCUCGACGCCUUCCACGCCGUCGGCGACGCCGACAAGAUCGACAUCGUGCGCUUCCUCUACGAGCUGCUCAAGCUGAAAAAGCGAUCGGCGCCGGAGCGUCUUCUUCGCACGAUCAAGGAGGGUGGCUCCUUCAGCAUGAUGCACACGCUGCUCGUGUACCUGCAGUCCGCGCCGCCGGAGCACAGCCCUGUCGUGGCGGGGCUGCUCCUCCAGCUUGAUCUCCUGGUGGAGCCGAGGAAGAUCAGCAUGUACCGCGAGGAGGCCGUGGACUGCCUCAUCCAGUGCCUGAAGAACGCCGACUUCCCGCGGUGCCAGCUCCUCGCCGCCGAGACCAUCAUGUGCCUCCCGGGGAAGUUCUCGUCGUCAGGGAGGCCGCUCGCCCGGUCCACGCUGCUGAAGCUCGCCAGGGUCAAGGAAAGGUACCGGCAGUCGCAGGACCUGAACGCCGCUCGCGCCGAUGGCGAAGACGAAAUGGAGGAAGGGAAGGCUGCGUCGGAGUGGGAGCGGAAGGCGGCGUACGCGGUGGUGAGCCACGAGUUCGGGCUGGUGUUUGAGGCCCUCUCCGAGUGCCUCAGGACCAAGAACGCGGAACUGUUCACGACGAGCCUCGUGUGCGCCACCUGGCUCCUGUACAUGCUCUCCCUCCUCCCCGACACCGGCGUCCUCGGGGCCGCCCGGGUCUGCCUGCUCCGCCAGUUCGUCGUUGUGCUCCGCUCCGCCAAGCACGGCAGCGACAGGGUCCUCGCCAUGGUGGCGCUCAGGAGCUUCAUGAACGACCGCGAGGGGAUGCACGACAUCACGACGUACAUCAAGGACGUGCUCAAGACGCUGAGGGAGCUGAAGAAAUCCUCCGGCCUCGCGUUCGAGAUGCUCAAGCUGCUAUCAGACGGCCAGGAAUCCAGCGUCGACAUGUGGAGCCACAAGGAGAUCAACCAGGUCGACUGCAGCGCAAAUGGCGAGGUGACGUCGGUCGUUUACCUCAAGAGCUACAUCUUCUCCGGCCACUCUGACGGCACCCUCAAGGUGUGGCAGUUCCGGGACGGCAUGCUCCGGUGCGUCGAGGUCCAUGACACGAGAGACCUCGUGCAGAGCCUUGCCGUCGCCAGCGCCGUGGCCUGCUUCGUGCCGCAAGGCGCAGGCGUGAAGGUGCUGAACUGGAACAGUGGCAACUCCAAGCUACUGAUUACUGAACCCCAACAAGAGAUCGACCUGGCGAGCGGCACGCUGGGCGUGAUCCAGUCCGGCAGCAAGAGGAUCCUGGGGAAAGCGAGCCCCGUCUACGCGCUGCGGGUCCACGACGGGCUGCUCUACACCGGCAGCACGCCGUCGUCGUCCGUGGACGGCGGCGCGUCCGUUAAGGUGUGGAGCUGCGCCAACUACGGCCUCGUCGGCUCAAUGGCGACGGCGGUGGAGGCGCGGUCGCUGGUAGUGAGCGCCGACCUCGUCUACGUCGCCUCCAGGACCGCCGCCGUGGAGAUCUGGUCCAGGGAGAAGCUCGCCAGGAUCGGCACGCUGCAGGCGGGCGGCCCCGGGUGCCGCGUCCAGUGCAUGGCUGUCGACGCCGACGCCGACGUCCUCGUCGUCGGGACGUCGGACGGCAGGAUCCAGGCGUGGGGAUUGACUUGA